AAUUAUGGUAAUAAUCGAUUUUCCAGAGCACAUAUACAUUCCGAUCCGGAAUGCCGAAUAGAAGCUGUGGUUAGUGUGGAUAGCGUGUCCUCGGAGCCAAACAUGUUCCUACCGUGGGCAAUUUAAACGAGGAUCGGAAUUGGGUCAUAAAACGGUCAGAUCCGGAGUCCGAAAUUAUCAAGAGUGAUGCGGGCGCGAAGCACUAGAUCUCCGGAGCGUACCAGUUGAAUCGCAAACUCCAAAGAGAGAGUUCAUUUUGCAUCACUGAGCAAGCACUGUUAGAGUGAGAGAGAGACUCUCACUCACUCUCCUUCUCUAACUAUAUAUAUAUAUAUACAUAUAUACAUAUAGUUUGUUUGUGUAUAUGGAUCUACGCGUAGAAUGAUUGAAUUGCUGUUGGUAUAGAUCGAGGUCGAACAUGGCGAAUUUUCUAGCUCAGUUCCAGACUAUCAAGAAUUCCUGUGAUCGCCUCGUGAUUGCAGUUGAAGAUGUGAGCGAUUUGUGGCCUACUGUCAAGAAUGAGUUCGAGAAGAGGUUGCCAAUAAAAAGAGCUUCUUUGAAUAACAAGACCCGCAAUCCUGUGGUUGUGGAGAAUUUGCCUGCUGAAUACAUAUUAACAACAGAUUCAAGACUUCGUAGCCGGUUUCCACAGGAGCAAUCAUUGUUUUGGUUUCGGGAGCCAUAUGCAACUGUGGUCCUUGUUACCUGUGAGGAUCUUGAUGAGUUCAAAACCAUCCUUAAACCACGCCUGAAAUUAAUUGUCCAAAAUGAUGAAAGGGAAUGGUUUAUUGUUUUCGUCUCUAAAGCUCAACCAAAUAAUGAUCAGGCAACCAAAAUGGCAAAAAAAGUAUAUGCCAAACUUGAAGUUGAUUUCAGCUCCAAGAGAAGAGAAAGGUGCUGCAAGUAUGAUCUACAUUUCCCUGAAGCAAAUUUUUGGGAAGACCUGGAAUCCAAGAUUGUGGAGUCUGUAAGAAAUACAUUGGAUAGGCGUGUACAGUUUUACGAGGAUGAGAUACGCAAGCUCAGUGAACAGCGCCUCAUGCCAGUUUGGAACUUCUGCAAUUUUUUCAUUUUGAAGGAAAGCUUGGCUUUUAUGUUUGAGAUAGCCCAUCUUCAUGAAGAUUCAUUACGUGAAUAUGAUGAACUAGAACUCUGCUACUUGGAAACUGUUAAUAUACCUGGGAAAAAGAGGGACUUUGGAGGCGUAGACCAUGGAGAUGAUCAGGCAGCAUUGCUAAAACCUGGAAGAAAAUCAUUGACACAGAUUAUUCAAGAUGACUCAUUUAGGGAAUUUGAAUUUAGACAGUAUCUGUUUGCCUGUCAAGCAAAGCUUCUAUUCAAGCUGAAUCGCCCCUUUGAGGUUGCGUCAAGGGGUUUCUCAUUUAUCAUAAGCUUUUCAAAGGCCCUAGCCUUGCAUGAGAAUAUUCUUCCUUUUUGUAUGCGUGAAGUUUGGGUAACGACUGCUUGCUUAGACUUAAUCAAUGCAACUGCUUCACAUUAUAGUGAAGGACUAGUGGCACUUGAUAUAGAAAAGGAGUUCUACCGCCUUCAGGGUGACCUUUAUUCGCUCUGCAGGGUUAAGUUCAUGAGGCUAGCUUACUUAAUCGGAUAUGGCACAGAUAUAGAAAGGAGUCCUGCUAACAGUGCUUCACUGAGCAUGCUUCCCUGGCCAAAGCCAGCAGUUUGGCCAUCAGUUCCACCUGAUGCUUCAUCAGAGGUGCUAGCGAAAGAAAAGAUGAUUCUUCAAACUAUCCCUACUUCCAAGCACUUUGGCAUCCAGAGGAAACCAUUGCCUCUGGAACCUUCAGUACUUUUACGAGAGGCUAAUCGGCGAAGAGCUUCUCUUUCUGCUGGAAAUAUGUUGGAAAUGUUUGAUACUCACCAAAGUGCUAUUGAUGGAUCAGGUUCAGAUGCAAUGUCUAGGACAUCCCCACUGCAAAAAGUACAUGCAAGUUCGAUGUCACGCACUAAUUCUUCACCUGGAAAUUUUGAGAGCUCAAUUGAUCGGCCUAUGAGACUUGCGGAGAUUUAUGUUGCCUCUGAACAUGCUCUGUGCAGUACAGUUUCUGAUCCUGAGCUAUGGGAGUCCUUCUCAUCUAUUGAAGAGUUCGAGAAAAAGUAUUUGGAGUUGACAAAAGGUGCUGCGGACAACUAUCACCGCUCAUGGUGGAAAAGACAUGGAGUUGUUCUAGAUGGUGAAAUAGCUGCUAUCCUGUUCAAGCAUGGGAACGUUGAUCUAGCUGCAAAGUCAUAUGAGAAGGUCUGUGCACUUUAUGCUGGUGAAGGAUGGCAGCAUUUAUUAGCUGAAGUCCUGCCCAAUUUAGCAGAGUGUCAGAAGUUGCUCAAUGAUAAGGCCGGCUACCUAUCAUCAUGUGUGAGAUUGCUAGCACUGGAUAAAGGUUUGUUCUUGACCAAGGAACGCCAAGCUUUUCAGUCAGAGGUUGUUCAUCUUGCUCACAGCGAAAUGGAGCAUCCUGUGCCUCUAGAUGUAUCGGCAUUAAUUACAUUUUCUGGAAAUCCUGGCCCACCAUUAGAAUUAUGUGAUGGAGACCCUGGUACUCUAUCUGUAACUGUAUGGAGUGGUUUUCCUGAUGAUAUAACCCUUGAUAGGCUUAGUCUCACACUGGUGGCCACAUUUAAUGCUGAUGAGGGUGUCGAGGCACUAAGGACCUCUACUGCUAUUGUAUUAAAUCCUGGUCGUAACACAAUUACCUUGGCAAUACCCCCCCAAAAGCCAGGUUCCUAUGUCUUGGGGGUUCUCACUGGGCAGAUUGGGAACUUGAGAUUCAGAUCUCAUAGCUUUUCCAAGGGUGGCCCCGCAGACAGUGAUGAUUUUAUGAGUUAUGAAAAGCCUACUAAACCUAUCUUGAAGGUUUUUAAACCAAGACCUCUAGUUGAUCUCACUGCAGCUGUUUCAUCUGCUUUACUUAUAAAUGAACAUCAGUGGGUUGGUCUAAUAGUAAAGCCCAUUAACUACUCCCUCGAUGGUGCUGUAUUGCAUAUUGAUACUGGCCCUGGUCUCAAAAUUGAGGAGUCGAAUGUCAUUGAGAUGGAGAGAUAUGUUGAGUUAUCAAAUAGUUCCGUUAAUGUGGCUAGUUGCGAUGGUGCUCAAAAAGAUGGUUCAUUGGCUGCUAGUAAAGAGUUCGAGCAGUUGGUUCUCCAUGAUGGUCAAAUAGAGUUUCCAGAUUGGGCGAGCAAUGGAACAUCUAUUCUUUGGAUUCCAGUUUGUGCUAUCAGUGACACGCUUCCAAGAGGAUCAUCUUCAGCCACUCCCCUGACAACAAGCAUUGUGGAUGGAAUGAGAACUAUAGCUCUGAAACUUGAAUUUGGAAUAUCUCACAAUCAAACAUUUGAAAGGACCCUAGCUGUGCAUUUCACAGAUCCUUUCCAUGUAAGCACACGGGUUGCAGACCAAUGCAAUGAUGGUACUUUGCUUCUGCAGGUUAUACUACACUCUGAAGUUAAGGCCACAUUGACCAUCUAUGAUGCUUGGCUUGAUCUUCAAGAUGGAUUUGUUCACACUGGACAAGGUGAUGGUAGACCAACUUCAGGAUUCUUUCCACUUGUCAUUUCCCCUGCUUCCAGAGCAGGAAUCUUGUUCAGCAUAUGUUUGGGGAAGACAAAUGCUGAAGGUGAAGCUAAAGCUCUACAAUCUGAUAGUAUAUUGAAUAUCAGAUAUGGAAUAUCUGGAAACAGAACCAUUGGGGCACAUCCACCUGUGGCUGCAAAACAUUCUGAGCCAGAGGGUGCUAAUCAGGAUUUACUUUUCCGGAGUACUCUCGUUUUGCAGAGGCCUGUUCUUGACCCAUGCAUGUCUGUUGGUUUUCUUCCUCUUUCUUCUGAUGGCCUUAGGGUUGGGCAGCUUGUUACCAUGAAAUGGAGAGUUGAAAGGUUAAAGGAUUUUGAGGAAAACAACAUUUCGCAGCGCAAUGAUGAGGUGCUAUAUGAAGUCAAUGCAAAUACUGAAAAUUGGAUGAUUGCGGGGAGGAAAAGAGGGCAUGUUUCUCUCUCCACUAAGCAAGGUUCAAGGAUAGUAAUCUCAAUAUUAUGCGUGCCUCUAGUAGCAGGUUAUGUACGCCCUCCGCAGCUCGGGCUGCCAGAUGUAGAGGAAGCAAAUAUAAGUAGCAAUCCGGCUGGGCCACAUCUGGUUUGUGUCUUGCCUCCGGUUCUCAGCUCCUCCUUUUGCAUUCCUGCAUUCAAGGUGGCCUAGGUCAUAUAGUUUUCUACUCUAUUUGGUCGAACAAGUUUUCUGUUCAGAAAAAGAAUUACAGGCAUAGAUUUUUUAGGCUUUCCAUUUUUGUUAACCUGGAAAUUUGUAAAUCUGUCUUUUUCUUCUUUUCUUUUUGGUUGGGGAGUCAUUGGAAAUCAAAAAAAUUAGUUGAAUUUAUAUCGGAGUUGUAUUGGAGUUGUACUGUAUCUGAAUGUUAUUUGAAACUAUGUAUCUUGUACA